CCUGCAGCGCCCCUUCCUGAAUACGAAUAAUUUGGCAUACGUAUUCUUGUCUGAGGAUGUUUACUAAUAAGGAGGCGUGGGAUUUGUGCUGAACACCCCUUCAUCCUCAUCCUCAUCCCCCCAUUUUUGUCUUGGGAAUAAAUAAACUUCCAUAUCUGGGCACAAUUUGGGACUAAGACCCCCUCAUUCCAGAUCAAAAUAUGAGGAGUGUCACGUUUUGUCCUUGGAGAUACCAUGUGCAUAGUGACGCAGAACAGAAAUCGUCAAGUCACACAAAACUUCGUGAUAGCCGUCAAAAUCCCACCAAAGCAGAGGCCGAGUCAGCAGAUUUUCGCAUCCACGCCUUGAUGCGGAGAAGCUCUCCACGCCUUCUCAGUUCCCAUGAGGCGUGGUCCAGUCACAGCUCCCCUAAUGUCAGACAGGCGGAGAGACCCUUCUGCGAAUCCUUCAACUUCAAGUCUUGGAGUAAUAAAGUGGGGACAAUCUGGGAUAAAGGCGAGCCCAUCUAUCCCCACUCUGUGGACCUUGGUACCUGGUCUGAUGAGGGUAAGGGAUUUUUUUCACGCUCCAAGCUUCAUGCUUCACUUCGUAGCCGGGAACGGACGUCGGCAACCGUGGGAGACGAAGGUCCGGCGAACACUGGAUGGAUCAUGGAGCACAAGCACAGCGUGAUCUUGGUAAGCACCCACGGCAUCGUCGGGGUCCAGCCCGGAAACCAGCCGAAUCUCGCCCCCUGCCAGGCCUCCAGAGUGUUUUGUGAAAUUGUGGCGUUCAGAAAUGCAGCCACAUCUUCAACAAGCACGGCCACCUCCCCUCCCCGUUGGCCAACUUGGGUGAGCCACCAGAGCAAUCCUUUCUCAUCUGACAGAGAGUUGACGACUCACACCAUCAUGGAAAACAUGCCGUUGACAUGUUGAUGAUCUCAGGAUGAAAUCUCGUGAUGGCUUUGCAGGAGCACUCAAGGCAAGAUUUAACAUGCGCCAUGGUGUUCAGAUCGCCCAGGCAAAACAGGUUCUCCAAAGUGCGGGAAGCGAGAGUGCAGAAUCAAUCAAAUUCUCCUGGCUGGUAAAAAUACCUGACACUAUCUUGAAAACAGGAUAGUUUCGAGUUGCAAACCUCUGUUGAGAUCGGACGAAGGCCAUUUUGCCGCACAUUUUCCCGCCUCCGCCACAGCGUUCCGAGAGAGUUUUUGAAAAUGGAGCCUCGAUCGUUGGCUCGUUGGCUCGUUGGCAGGAGGACCGACCCCAAGCAACCAUGUCUUCGGACCUAGAACACGACCGUUGGGAAGCUUCGAAGCUCUGCUGAUCUCUUUGCGGACAUCAAGAACACACAAAUCACUCCAACAAAAAGAAUGCUUUCGGAUACCCCCUCAUCACAGUCUCGGUGAACAAAGAGCCCAGCUCUCUU